CGGAGCAGACGGGACGGGAUUCAGGAGGCAGCGAUCCAGCCGAGGGACCCAGGAGUCCGGCCACCUUCCAGCGUGGUGCGAUGCCCCCAGCAUGGCCCCGCAGCCCGAGGAGCGCGCCCUGUACCUCUCCAUCUACCUGCUGACCAUCCUGACCGGCUUCCCCACCAACCUGCUGGCCCUGCACGCCCUCAUCCGCAAGCUGCGGCGCAAGGCCACCCCCAACUGCAUCCUCCUGCUCAACCUCACCCUCUCCGACCUCUGCUUCCUGGCCUUCCUGCCCUUCAAGGUGGCCGAGGCCGGGGCCGGGCGCUGGCCGCUGCCCGCCUUCCUCUGCCCCCUCAGCGGCCUCUUCUACUUCAGCACCAUCUACUCCAGCACCCUCUUCCUGACGGCCGUCAGCGUGGAGCGCUACCUGGCCGCGGCCUACCCCAUCCGCUACAAGCUGCGGCGCCGACCCGCCUAUGCCAUCCUGGCCAGCCUGGGCCUGUGGAUGUGUUCCUUGGCCCACUGCAGCAUCGUCUACGUGACCGAGCUGCAGCCAGGCAGCGGGCCGGCCAACGGCACCAGCGCCUUCGCCUCCUCCAGGGACCUCUGCUACGAUGACUUCACCCCCAGCCAGCUGCGGGUGCUGCUCCCCAUGCGCCUGGAGCUGGGCAUCGUCCUCUUCCUGGUGCCCUCCUUGCUCACCUCCUUCUGCUACUGCGGCUUCAUGUGGGUGGUGGUCUCCUCGCCCCACAUCCGCCGGGGGAAGAAGCAGCGGGCCGUGGGCUUGGUGGCCGCCACCCUCGCUGUCUUCAUCGUCUGCUUCACACCCUACAACGUCUCCCACGUGGUGGGCUUCGUCCAGCGGGCCAGCCCGGCCUGGAGGGACAAGGCCCUGCUCCUGAGCACCUUCAACGCCAGCCUGGAUCCCGUCAUCUUCUACUUCUCCUCCUCCGCUGUCCAGCACUCCUGCCGCAGGUUCCUGGCCCGGCUCUGGGGCGUCUGCUCCCUGCCCCCCUUGGCCAGGAAGGUCUUCUACCGACGAACGGAGAAGCUGACGCCGGGGCAGCCCCAGGAGCAAUGCAGAGGCCUUGGGCGCAGCCAGAUUUGCUGCUCCAAGCUGUGAUCCCAGCAGUCACCCACCCCCAGCACGCACAGACUGACUUGACUGUGGGGCAGUCCAGUGGGUUAGGAAGGCAGGACUCCUGGGUUCUAUCCCUGGUGCUGGGGUCCAGUGGGUUGGAGCAUGGGGCUGGGAGUCAGGACUCCUGGGUCCUCUUCCCAGAUCCACAUCUUCCCAGAGCCGCCCUCCCCACCCCCCGCUGCCCGGGAUCCUCUCUCUGGGGCCAGGACCAAGCUGGAAAGCACCAACCUCAUGACAUGAUCAGGUCAGGACUGGAACCCACCGCUGAGCAUGUCUAGGCCCCAUACCCCCUUCCCUUCUGCAUCAAAGGCCUCUGCCGUUCACUGUGUAGAAGGAAUCCCUGACCUGCGAGGCCGAGCAGACAGAGCCCAGGUCUGUUGGCCUGCUGCGUGACUUCCCCACUCCGUGCCUCAGUUUCCCUCGCUGUACAGUGGGCAUAAUGACGCUGACCUGUAAAGCGCUGUGGGAUUUAGGGACGAAGAGCCGGCUACUGGGACAUCAUCAUCCUGGGACAAACCAGGUGCCUUCCUGUUGCAAUUAUUAGCAACACGGCCCUCCUCUCACAGAUCCUCGGCUGGGACUCAAACCCUCCACCUUGGUACCAAAACACACACCUUUGCCUCCUGCCACAAAGCAGCGCUGCGGUGGGCGGGCGGCAGUUGUAGGCUGUUUUCUGGGCCGGCAAGAUGGGGCCCACUCGCAGUGCACCUCCACAGCAAGAGGGGGCGACAGAGAGCACUAGCUCUCACGGAUCGCAAUGGUGGGAGGCGUCCUGCUGGCGGUGCGUGGCAUGGGUUUGUGCAGCGUGAGACUGCAACACCUCCCUCUGGUGGAGUCGCUGGGUACUGCAACACCUCAGGCACCUCGACCCCCCCGCCCCCCGGUGGACUCUCAUGGAAAUGCAUCCUGCUGGUGGCCUCAUCUCAAACUUUGAUCAUCCAUUCGGCUGCUACCCCCCGGAUUUGUCCCCAUCUGUGCCUGUGGGUGGGUGUUCAGCCAAAGCCACCUCAUUAGGCUCUGUAAUCAUGGCAAGGAGAAGCUAAUUAAAGCAGCCGACGCAGGGCAUUGAAGCGAGAGGCUUGGAAUCAAUCGGGCCACUGGUUUCUAUCCCGGAGAAUGUGACAUGGUCUCGUUAUCAAGGAGAUAAUGGAGUGUGUGAAUGUAACCUACAAAUGGGACUGGUUAGCAUGAGGAGGGCCUGGGAAUCAGGACUCCUGGGUUCUAUCCCAGCUCUGGGACGGGUGCAGAGUCUAGUGGUUAGAAGGGGGGCUGGAAGUCAGGACACCUGGGUUCUCCUCCAAGCCCUCCCUCUGGUCGCCUGUAUCUUAGCCCGUAUCUAUGCCUCAUUUGUCUGCCACUUGUACAACGUAUAGAAUUAUAUUUAUCCAGCCCCCGAACAAUAACAACAUUUAAUUAGCUAAUGUUUGCAAAGCACUCUAUGUACCUGGCUGGGAGACGGGAAUAAACCCUCCACCCUGAGUG